GUCCUAGUGGUGUCCAGAGUACAGCGGGAAGAGCGUCUCCGUGGUGGCUCGGCCUUCUCUGCUCUGAGAAGAGGAAGCCGGAGGCUUCGGGAGCGGGAAGUGGUCCAGAAACUGCUCAGGUGUGGGUGUAGGUGGUUGAGCAACAGACAUUCCUGCCUUCUUGAUUCUUCACGAAGAAACAGUGUUGUGAUGCAUUAGGAUAAUCCAUUGCCCGUGAUGCUACAUCCCAUCCAGCUCUCUGCAGUGCAUCUGAGAAGCAGCAGACAACCCAAAUUCUUGAGUCCCUGCCACCAUGAGGGAGACUUGGAUGGAGUUCCAGAUCCGAGCUUUGAUCUGACCCAGUCCCAGCCAUUGUGACCAUUUGGCUUUCAGGUGAUUGACGAGGACAGAGUCCCUAAGCUGCAAAGAGACUGAAUUUUGGAAACUAUGUCCAGAACUCCACAGUGCGUAUUCAGGUGCUCUUCCCUCAGGCCUGCAGGCGGACAGCGAGAGCAACAGUGAUGAUAGCAUUUGAAGACCUGGCUGUGUACUUUACCUGGGAGGAAUGGCAGAACAUGAACCAAGCUCAGAAAAUCCUGUACAGGGAUGUGAUGCUGGAGACCUACAGCAGCCUGUUCUCCCUGGGGUACUGCAUGACCAAACCUGACUUGAUCUUCAAGUUGGAGCAAGGAGCAGAGCCCUGGAUGGGGGAAGAAUGCCUACAUCAGAGCCUUCCAGUUGCCAUGAAACUGGAUGAACUGAUUAAGACCAACCAGAAAAGUCUGGAGAAAAAUCUGAAUCAGGAUGUUAUGAAAAAUAAUAAGACAUUAACUUCCAAGGGAGUUGAAUUCAGAAAAACACUUAAUUUAAGUAUAAGCCAUAUUCCAAAACUGAGUAUCAAAAAGAGAAACUAUUCAGGAAUAAAACCUGAAGAAUGCAGUGUAUGUCACAAUGUGUAUCCCCAUUGUGGGCCUGAUCAACUACAAGCUGGAGAGAAAUUUGAUGCUACUAUGGUACCUGGGAACACUCUCCAGUUCUGUGAGCCUCUUAAUCAACAGCACAAAAUUCAGACCAUGGAGCAGGCACUUGAACAAAUUGGACAAGGGAAAGUCUUCAAAAGGAAGAAUAUAUUCUAUGGAUCUGAGAAGCUUUUUAUGGUAGAAACCUGUAAUAAGCCAACUGCUACUAUUGGCAAGACAACUCAAAUACUACAAGAUUUCCAUAAAAAGUCUAACCUCAGUAUACAUCAACAAAGUCCCAAAAGAGAGAACGUUUAUAAGAAUAUUGGGCCUGUGGAACCUGUCAUUUACCAAUCACAUUUUAGAAUGAAUCAUAGACCAAAUAUAGAGAAGGAAUCCUAUGCAUGUAAAACUUGUGGGAAGUCAUUCAGUAAUAAAUUCUGCCAUCCCCUCCAUCACAGCACUCAUAUAGUGGAAAACCCUCAUGUGUGUAAUGAUUGUAGAGAAACCACUCACCAGAAGUCAGGUGUCAUUAGACAUGAGAUAAUUCACACAGGGUUGAAAUCUUAUAAAUGUAAUGACUGUGGGAAGUUCUUUGACCAGAAGAAACACCUCAUAAAUCAUCAGAGAAUUCACACAGGGGAGAAACCUUAUGAAUGUAAUUAUUGUGGAAAAACUUUUGGCCAGAAGUCACAACUCAAAAUGCAUCAGAGAAGUCACACAGGGGAGAGGCCUUAUGAGUGCAAUGACUGUGGAAAAGCCUUUGGCCAGAAGUCACAACUCAAAAAGCAUCAGAGAAUUCACACAGGGGAGAAGCCUUAUGAAUGCAAUGACUGUGGAAAAGCCUUUGGCCGGAAGUCACACCUCAUAAAUCAUCAGAGAAGUCACACAGGGGAGAAGCCUUAUGAAUGCAAUGACUGUGGAAAAGCCUUUGGCCAGAAGCCACACCUCAUAACUCAUCAGAGAAGUCACAGAGAGGAUAAGCGUUAUGAAUGCGGUGACUGUGGAAAAACCUUUGGCCGGAAGUCAAUCCUCAGAAAUCAUCAGAGAAGUCACACAGGGGAGAGGCCUUAUGAAUGCAAUGACUGUGGAAAAGCCUUUGGCCACAAGUCAUACCUCAUAAUUCAUCAGAGAAUUCACACAGGGGAUAAGCCUUAUGAAUGCAAUGACUGUGGAAAAGCCUUUGGCCGGAAGUCAAUCCUCAGAAAUCAUCAGAGAAUUCACACAGGGGAGAAACCUUAUGAAUGCAGUGACUGCGGAAAAACCUUUGGCCAGAAUUCAAACUUCAGAAAGCAUCAGAGAAUUCACACAGGGGAUAAGCGUUAUGAGUGCAAUGACUGUGGGAAAACCUUUGCCCAGAAGUCACACCUCAUAAAUCAUCAGAGAAGUCACACAGGGGAGAAACCUUAUGAAUGCAGUGACUGUGGAAAAGCCUUUGGCCACAAGUCAUCCCUCAUAAUUCAUCAGAGAAUUCACACAGGGGAUAAGCCUUAUGAAUGCAAUGACUGUGGAAAAGCCUUUGGCCAGAAGUCACAACUCAAAAUGCAUCAGAGAAUUCACACCAUGGAGAAAGCUUAUAAAUGAAAUGACUGUGGAAAAGCCUUUGGUCCCAUCCUUGCAUACCGAGGAUAAAUCCCACUUGGUCUGGGUGGAUGAUCUUUCUGAUGCAUUGUUAGAUUAAAUUGGCCAGAAUUUUGUUGCGGAUCUUUGCAUGUAUGUUCAUCAGGGAAAUUGGUCUAUAAUUACUUUCUCUGUUGUAGUUUUUUCAGGUUUAGGAAUGAAGGUGAUGCUGGCUUCAUAGAAAGAAUUUGGGAGAAUCACCUCUCUCUCAAUUGUUUUGAAUAACUUGAGAAGAAUUGAAGUUAGUUCUUCUUUAAAUGUCUGUCAGAAUUCAACAGUGAAGCCAUCCAAUCCUGAGAUUUUCUUUGUGGCAAGGGUCUUUAUUACUGAUAUCAUUUCCAUCUGGUUGUGGGUGUGUUUAGUUUUCCUAUAUCUGUGUUGCUCAAUUUAUGUAGGUUUUAUGGAUGUCAGGAUGGUGGAAAGCCUUUUUGCUGUAAUUCAUAACUCAUAAGAUAUCAGAGAAUUCACACAGGGAAUUUUCUAUAUGACCUUUUUGUACAAGUUAUAUCUCAUGAAAUAUUAGAGAAUUCACCAAGGGGAGAAAUGCAUGAAUGUAAUAAAUGUGAAUAAGCCUUUGUGGUGCAAAUUAGACCUCAUCAAACAUAAAAGAAUUCUCAUGGGGAGAAAUUUUAUGAAUGUAAUGACUCAGAGCCUUUUACCAUAAUUCAGCCCUCACUGUACAUCAUCAAAUUCAUAUAGGGAAAAACCCCUUUGAAAGUAAAAUCCCUUUAAUUAGAAGCCAUACCUCAUAAGACAACAGGGAAUUCACAUGGGAGAGAAACAUUAUGGGUGUAAUGAGUGUUGGAAAGCUCUGCCCAAAUCUCUCCUUAUAUCAGAAUGCACAACAUAUAUAUCUAAUGAAUGAAAUACAUGUGAGAAAGCCAUUUCACAUAAGUAAUGCCUCAUAAUCCAUCAUGGAGCUUGAACAAGGGAGAGACCUUAACAAUAUAAUGAAGGUGGAAGAGCUUUUCCCCAAAAUUCAUGUACGUAUUGUGAUAAAACCUUUUGCUGGAAAUCACAUCCUAUCUAACAGACUCAUGUAAUGGAGAAAGCUUAUAAAUAUUAUUAGUGUGAAAAGAUUGUCAGAAGUCAAUGGUACAUCAGAGAAUUGACACAGGUGGUUUCUUAGGAGUAUAAUGAUUGUGUAAAAACAUUUUCUUUAUUUCAGGCUUGUAUAGAUAUAGAAUUCACAAAAGGUAAUAUUCUUUGCAUGCUGUGAAUUUGAUAAAACUGUUAGCCAGAAAUUAGACAUCAACAGACUUCAGAGGAUUCAUAAGGAACAAAAUUCCAUGCAAUGACUUUGGAAAAAGUAUUUCUGCUGUAAAUCAGUCUUUAAUUCCCAUGAACAGACUCACAAAUGAGAAAACAUGCAUGCAUAGAAAAGUUUUGUACCAUAAAUUAUCUCUAGAUGAUAAACUAAUAAUUCACACAAAAGAAAAAUCAUGAGUGUAAUGGAAUUGGGAAACCCUUUGCUGUAAGGCAGAUUUCCAGGAAGCUUAGCAAGAUUACAGAAAAGUCUCUGAAAAUGUAACAUGUCUGAAAGAAUUGUUAGCAUCACAAAGUGGAGGAUAGCUCAAGUGCAUGUGUUUUUGUGACCUGGCAUCCAAAUUGGUAUCUCUUUUUCUUUGAUGAAUCCCUUGUUUAUUUAUUUAACAGAUUUAGAGACAAAGUGUUCCUGUCCAUUGGUUUACUAUUACAUGCCCACAAUUGCCAUGGUAAGGUCUAUGGCAAAAUCUGAGUGCUGAGGGCUGUGAAUCUGAUUCAUCACGGAUAAUGCUGAAGACAUUGGUUCCUGGUUUUUACACCGCUAUGCAUGGAAAUGUUUUUCUAAUUUCUUUUUCAAAGAGUUCAUUGUUAAUAUAAAGAAAUGCUCCUGAUUUUUAAAAUUUUAUUUAAAUAAUUUGUGAUCAGUGUGUACUAGUCAGACAUUAUUACAGGGUGUAGUGCAGUAUUUGUACACAUUUACACAGUAGAAACUGAUCAAGCUAAGCAACUACAGUUUUAUCAAUUUGUUUAAAGAUUUAUUUAUUUGAAAGACAGAGUUACAGAGAGAAGUAGCAGCAGAGAGAGGGAGAGGUCUUCCUCUGCUGGUUCACUCCCCAGAUGGCUGCAAUGGCUGGAGCUGUGCCAAUUUGAUGCCAGGAAACAGGAGCUUCUUCCAGAUCUCCUACUUGGGUUCAGGGACCCAAGGACUUGGGCCACCUUCUACUGCUUUCCCAGGCCAUAGCAGAGAGUUGGAUUGGAAGAGGAGCAGCCUGGACUAGAACUGGUGCCCACGUGGGAUGCUGGUGCUUCAGGCCAGGGUGUUAGCCCACUGUGCCACAAUGCUGGCCCCCAAGCAACUACAGUUUAAUUCUUCUCCAUGAUUUGAGACUACCAGCUCCUCUCUUCCAGUUCUUUACACAGAACCUAAUAUGGUUGAAUGUAGUCAUCUCAUUAUAUUAUGGAACACCAGAAGUUCCUUCUGCCUCUUUGUAUUUUGUUACCUAUUAUCCAAUCCCCUUCUAUCCCUAGCUGCUUCCCUUCUCAUCCUCUAAUAAUCACAGUUCUGUGUUCAGAUCCAUUAUUUUCUUUCACUUCCACAUGUGACAAGGACUAUGUGACAUUUAUGUUCCUGUUUCUGGCUUAUUUCAAUUAAUUUAAUAAUAUUUUGUUCUUUUUUGUAUCUAAAUGAUGUUCCCCUGUCCAUUUUUUUUCAUUGAUGGACAGCUAGAUUGGUUUCAAAUCAUGGCUGCAGUGAACUGUGUUAUGGGAAAAUUGCUGUAUCUUUGAUAUGCUCUUCUCAUUUCCUUCUAAUAAAAUUUCCUUCUUAUAUAUAGCCAAGAGCAAGAUAACUGUCAAACAGUACGUCAAUUUUUAUCUUUAUUUUAAAUUUUUGUUAUUUAUUUGAAAGAGUUACAGACAGAGGUAGAGACACAGAGAGGUCCUCCAUUAGCUGGUUCACUCUACAGAUGACUACAAAGGCUGGAGCUGUGCCAUUCUGAAGCCUGGAAACAGGAGCUUCCUCUGGGUCUCCCACGUGGGUGGAUGGGCCCAAGGACUUGGGCCAUCUUCUUCUGCUAUCCCAGGACAUAGCAGAGAGCUGGAUUGGAAGGAGAGCAGCUGGAACUAGAACUGGCACCCAAAUGGGAUGCUGGCCCUUCAGGCCAGGGUUUUAACCCACUGCACCACAGUGCUGGCCCAAAUUUUUAUCUUUUUUAAGGAGUGACCAUACUGUUCUCCAUAACAACUGUACUAAUUUGUAUUUUCACCCACCAUAUAUGAAGGUUUUCUUUUCCCAUAUGCUCUCUAGCAUUUGUUAUUUUUUAUCAUUUUGGCAUAAAGAUGAUAUAAUAUUGUUCAUGUUUUUGUGUAUUUUGAAAUCAGUUAUUUUGUUUAUUAAAUAUUUGUUUAUUUGAAAGGUGGAUUUAGAGAGAGAGAGGGAUAGACAGAGAUAGCUUUCAUCUGCUGGCUCACACCCCAGAGAGUUUUAAUAGUUGAGCCUGGGGCAUGCUGAAGUCAAGAGCUUCAUCCAAGUCUCCCACGUGAGUGGCAGGGACCCAAGUCCUUCGUCCAUCUGCUGGUUUCCCAGGUGCUUUAGCAUUGAGCUAAAUUGGAAGUGGAGAAUCCUAAACUCAAAGUGAAACUCACAUGAUAUGCUGGCCUCACAGAUUACAGCUUACCCCACUUAGCCACAAUGUCAGCCUCUCUAUCAAUUUAAUUCCUCAAAAAUAGGUCAGUAAUGUUGGCAUCUAUCUCAUUUUGUUUUCUCUCUGUUAUUAUUCAACUUACUGAUGUCUUAUUUUUGUUCCCAUUAUUCCUCCCAAUUGUUCUACCCGUGGUCAGUAGCAGCUGCUGUGUUGCUUAAAUGCAGUGUAUGCUUUAGAUUCCUCAUUUACUGAGUGCAUGUCAUUCUCAUAGCACUUCCCUGAAGUUCUACUAUGUCCCAAAUCCUCUUCUAGGCACAGAAUUCAGACCACUUUUCUGUUAGGCCUAGAUCUUGCCUUUAACAUACUACUUGGAAUUUAGUAGCUCAUGAAAUCUGCAGACUGCAUAAAUGAAUGAAUAUUUUGAGGGCUGUGAUUUUGUGGGGGAACUUCAUAAGAGACCGAAGGAAUAAAAUAAAUCAAAAGUAUCCAUAGUAUAUAGAAUGUAUACUAUUUAACAAGUCACAGAGAAGAGGAAGAAGAAGGAAAGUAGUGAGACUAGAAAGUUUGUGGCAAGACUAACAGGCACUGGUUGAGAACUUAAUAAGCCCGUUAGGAAAGCAGUAAGGUUUCUUUAUCUCCCUGUAGACUCUGCUCUCCAGAGGUGAACAGGGUCCUCUAAACCCACUUGCUGCACACACAAAAACCUGAGCGUUGUAUUCUCCCACAGAUGUUGGAGACUGAUAUUGUGUUCUGAUUUAUAUUUACAUAAUGGCCAGUGACAUUGGGCAUAGUCACAUGUUUUGACCAUUUACAUGUCUUCUGAGAAAUGUCUAUUCAGAUCCUUGCCUGUUUCUUCACUGUAGUUUUUGGAGU